UAAAGUGCACGACAGCGUUUCUAGGCCCUCACGGAAGCUCGCAGAACUAUUUCAUUUAGUCGAAAGUCGAAACGUAAAUUCGUGUUUGUUUUGUUGGAGUUGGUUUGUGUUGCGUAGCUGCCUUAAAAGUUGAAGUGCAGGAUAUAGGAUUAUGUUUAAAAACUGAAAGACGACUCUCCUAGAAGCCUAGUACAAGAAGCGGCAGCGAGUUGUUUUUCAGUUAGUUUCCCACAAGAUGUUGAAGGAACGCGAUAGCCUCGAACGCAACGUUUCCUCUCCAUGUUCAAGCCUUGGUGGUUCUUCUGGCAUUGAAGUGUCAUCCUGUUCUGGCUGUGGCGAAAGAAUACACGACCGUUUCUACCUCCUGGCUGUCGACCGACAAUGGCAUGCUUCUUGUUUGAAAUGUUGUGAAUGUAAACUUCCUCUGGACUCUGACUUGACUUGUUUCGCUAGAGAUGGAAAUAUAUACUGCAAGGAGGAUUACUAUAGAAUGUUCGCUGUUUCAAGGUGCGCUAGAUGUCAUGCUGGUAUAUCAGCCAAUGAGUUGGUAAUGCGAGCAAGAGAUCUCGUCUAUCAUCUACACUGUUUUUCAUGUGCCUCCUGUGGCAUUUUGCUAUCAAAAGGUGACCACUUUGGUAUGCGGGAAGGAUUAAUAUAUUGCAGGCCACAUUAUGAGAUGUUAGACUUCUGUGAUCACAGCGAUCCCAUGGACGUCAUGUUUGGCAGUAGAGGAUCUCCGGAUUAUUUCACACCGAGUACCCCCCCACAACACAACAAAGGACGACCACGGAAAAAGAGAAAUGUUCCAGAAGAGGGGUCACCUUGUGGAGACUUACCUGUUUCAAUGAGGAUGGCACAAGCAACCUUGGAAAUGCUCCAUCAGGGAGAGUUAUCUUCUUCGAUGGAAUCACUGUCUUACGAUUCUUCAGUUACAUCACCCGCCUCCAGUAAUGGACAUCACAGUCAGAGGACGAAACGAAUGAGAACAUCAUUCAAGCAUCAUCAGCUGAGAACUAUGAAAACUUAUUUCGCUAUCAAUCAAAACCCUGAUGCCAAGGACCUCAAGCAAUUAGCUCAAAAAACUGGAUUGUCUAAAAGAGUCUUGCAGGUGUGGUUCCAAAACGCUCGAGCUAAAUGGAGGAGGAACUUAAUGAGGCAAGAGGGAUCCAAUAAUAAUAAUAUUCCUCACCAGGGAUCUAAUGACGCACAAUCGGCUGUAUCUGGAAUAAUAGAUACAAACAGUUUAUCACAUCAGUCACUAGAUGACCUUCACCACCAUUUGCACUCGCAGAACUCACAAACUCUAAAUUUUAGUGAUAUAUACUAAUUUUGAAUAAGGUUUUCAAGUUACAUUGAAAUUGAAGUUGCUGAGUAAUCUGUCCGAUGAAACUUUCCAAUUAACAGAAUUUUCUGAACAUUUCUCUGGAAAAUACAACACGAAACUUUGCUUCAUUGCUCAUCUACUUGUUUCAUCAGUAAUACAUUAAAAUCCAAUAUGUUCCUUUGUUAUGGUGAUAAACAUAUGUAAGUGCGAAAAAUAAUUGUUGAAUUAAUUUAUAGGUGAUAUAUAUCAAUAUUGAACAAUUUGUUUUUGUAUAUAGAUAAUUCAAAUACACCAACUAUAACUGUCUUAACUCAUUGAAUAUUGGGAUACUUUGUGAAAGAUAAUUUAUGUCAUCAGUUUUUAAUAUUUAUUAUGUUCGUUGAAUAAUUUUAUAGCAGUUCGUUUGGGAUUGUUAUCAGAGCAUUUGU